CUUUUUAAAGCAACUGAACUAAUGUAUCUCUCCCACCUGUGACAUCUUUGGAGUGAGCACACUAACUCACGGAUUUUUACUAUGGAAGCUCCUGCUGGUUCUAUCCUCAGAAUGAAAUGGCUGGUUUGGGUGUCCCUGGUGUGGUCCUUCACAGUGGCCCAUGUCCAUGAAGAUCCCACCCUGGAUCAUCAUUGGCAUCUCUGGAAGAAAACCUAUGGCAAACAAUACAAGGAAAAGACCAGUGAAGAGGUGGCAUCUUUGAUGAGUUCCCUGAGAGUUCCCAGCCAAUGGCAGAGAAAUGUCACCUAUAAGUCAAACCCUAAUGGGAAAUUGCCUGAUUCUAUGGACUGGAGAGAAAAGGGGUGUGUUACUGGGAAAUACCAGGGUGCCUGUGGUGCUUGCUGGGCUUUCAGUGCUGUGGGAGCACUAGAAGCACAGCUAAAGCUGAAAACAGGAAAGCUGAUAUCUCUCAGUGCACAGAACCUGGUGGACUGUUCAACUGACAAAUACCAGAAUAAAGGCUGCGGAGGUGGCUUCAUGACAGAGGCUUUCCAGUACAUCAUUGACAACAAUGGCAUUGAUUCGGAAGCUUCCUAUCCCUACAAAGCUGUGGAUGAAAAAUGCCAUUAUGAUUCAAAAAAUCGAGCUGCUACAUGUUCCAAGUACACAGAGCUACCCUUUGGAAGUGAAGAUGCACUGAAGGAAGCUGUGGCCAAUAAAGGACCUGUUUCUGUUGCCAUAGAUGCGAGUCAUCCUUCAUUCUUCCUCUAUAGAAGCGGUGUCUACGAUGACCCAGAAUGUACUCAGAACGUGAAUCAUGGUGUGGUAGUGGUUGGCUAUGGUAAUCUUAAUGGGAAAGACUAUUGGCUUGUGAAAAACAGCUGGGGCAUCAGCUUUGGUGAACAAGGAUAUAUUCGAAUGGCAAGAAAUAGUAAAAAUCACUGCGGAAUCGCUAGCUAUUGCUCCUACCCAGAAAUCUAGAGGAUCUCUUCUUUUUACAAGUCAAGAAAAUGAAAUAUCACCUUAGUUUGGCCUUGUAUAUUCUGGAGAAAUAAGUAUGUCACAAUCAAUGUAUAUUUACUAUGUUAACUGGAAGAUAUAACUUGCCUCUUCACUUAUAUAAUUUUACAUAUCUCUGAGAAAAGCUUGUAAAUUAAGUUAUAAAUUUACUGUAGACAUAACUGUAUAUGAACUGGUCUUCCUGAGAUAAUCUGUUGUGUCUGUCAGUGUUUUAUUUUACAUUCUGUCAUUUUGAGUCUCCUAUAGCCUUUUGGAACAUGAUGGCCUAAAAAUGUUUAAUAAAUCUGUCAUUUCAAAUUUC